AUGGCGGAUAGCAAAAGCCUCAUCACCAAUGAAGCGUCAUCUGUUGAUGAUAGGGUGUUGGAAGGCUCCUCUCAGUCAUCCGUCAUCGAAAGCUGCCUACCAGGAAAUAACUUUUGCCAGGUUAUGCAUGAUCUCCUCUUCUUCGAAUUUCAAAUCGAGCGGAGGUUCCUCACCACAAACACAGUCUAUAGAUAUACAUGCGGUAACACGAACUGCGAUUUUACAUGUGGAGUGCCACAUCUUAUGUUGAUCGUAAGACGUAUCUGUCGACUCACAACUAGACCUCUUCACGUCUACGUCCUUGGGGGUAUUAUGGGAAAGGUGAUGGAUUUACAGAAACGAUUCUUGCCGGAUUUGCAAAAACGACUCUUGUUGGCAAGUCAACAAAAUGUUAAAGAUAAUGAGCCGGAAAUUCUUAUGGCGAAGGAGUUCAUGUAG